AUGUUAGAAGAAGAUAAAAAAAAAACGUUAGCUGAUUUAAAGAGAAAACGAGGAACAAUCAAGGCAGCUCUCACUCGUGUUCAUACCUUCGUAAAUAAUUUUGACCCAAUCGAUCAGGCUGUUUCUCUUCUCGAGUUCAGACAGGAAGAACUUCCUCAAAUAAACCGCAGGUUUGAUGAAAUACAAUGCCAAAUCGAGUUAAUUGCAGUUGAUGAUCUAGAGGGAGCUGAAGUAGAACGUGAUAUGUUUGAACGCGAUUAUUUUGAAAUCAGAUCUCAAAUGCAAGAGAUCAUAAAUCACAAAAAGGCAUCUAGUACUACAGGUCACAAUGCAUCCUUUGGAAACAACUCCUUUUCUCACCGAACGCAACUGGCUCCAAUUCCUUUACCAAGGUUUAGCGGAAAUAUUCAAGAUUGGGCUUCAUAUUUCGACAUAUUCAAGGCUUUGGUAUAUCAAGAUGAAGGAUACUCGGCUGCACAAAAAUUGUAUCUUUUAAGUUCCAGCUUAGAUGGUGCUGCUCUCGACUUAGUGCGUUCGACACCGGUAUGUGACACGAACUAUGAGGCAGUUAUACAGUUACUAAAACAGAGAUAUGAUAACCAAAGCAUGGUUAUACAGUCUCAUAUACGUUCCAUUCUUGACUGUCCACGCGUAGAAGAUGCACCAGGGGCUACAUUACAGAACUUGUUUGCUUGUAUAACAACUCAUGUUGAAGCUCUCAUUUUAUCUCUUUGA